CCCCAACCCCCUCCUUCCUCUCCGCUUCCUCCCCGGCAGAUGCGCGAGCAUCUCGUCUCCCAUCGGCAGGAGCACCGAGGAGCCCCCGGCACCUAGCCUAGCUACGACCCAUCCACCGACCACCACCACCACCACCGAUCGAAUCGGGUGCUGCUCGCCUGCUCUGUUCGUCUCUUCUCCGGCCGCUUUAUAACCCAGCCUCAGCCCUGCCUGCUCCAUCGCCUCGCCACCGCCCCUCCGCGCUCCUGCGCCUCCUCCCUCUCGACCUCGCCGCCGCCGAAUCCCAAGCCCAAGCCGCGGGCUGGUUGCUCCGAUUGGGAGUGCCAAUCGGAGCCCAAAGCAGGGGAAGCACAUGCUGCCGUUCGUCCUAGAGUUCCUCAUUGAUGUCGCCUGUGAUCAGUGAGAUCCUCCUCUCGGGGUUUAUGAUCAACUCCACACUCCGGCGACGCACCCACCUCGUCCAGUCUUUCUCCGUCGUCUUCCUCUACUGGUUCUAUGUCUUCUCAUAAACUACUCGCCCCCGUCACCAAGCCCCUCCUCCCUCCCGUCUUCUUCUUCUUCGUCGCCUCCUCGUCGCCUUCCCUUUGAUUUCUCUCUAGUAGCAUCGAUCGUCCGUCCUCAUCUGUCGUCUCUGUCUUCUUCGUCGUCGUCUUCUUCUCUAUUUCGGUUCAACUACUAGUAGCUUCCUGAAGCUUUAGCUUUGCAUGCACUUCCCUACUUCUGCUGCUACCAAAGAUCUUCAGUAGUAGUGUAAGAAGGAAAUCGAGGCCAGCAAGAAGAAGAGCUCCGAUUCCUCUGCUAGUUCUGCUGGUGUGGUGUUGUGUAAUAAGGAAGAAGAAGAAGAAAUCAAGAAGCAGGGACCUGCGACAAUGGCUUCCUCGAGCGGGAGCGGCAGCUCGGGCUCGCUCUCCGCGGCGACCGCGGCGCUCGCCGCCGCCGCGGGCACGGGGGAGGAGCUACGGGCGCUCAUGGAGCAGCGCCGCGCCAAGCGGAUGCUCUCCAACCGCGAGUCCGCGCGCCGGUCGCGGAUGCGCAAGCAGCGCCACCUCGACGACCUCACCGCGCAGGCUGCGCACCUGCGCCGCGAGAACGCGCACGUCGCCACCGCGCUCGGCCUCACCGCGCAGGGACUCCUCGCCGUCGACGCCGAGAACGCCGUACUCCGCACCCAGGCCGCCGAGCUCGCCGCGCGCCUCGCCUCCCUCAACGACAUCAUCGCCUGCAUGAACACCAACGCCGCCGCCGCCGCCGGGGCCGUCGCCGUCUCACUCACCGCCGCCGCAGCCGCCGCUGCUUCCGCUUCCUCCGACGCCUACCUCGCCUUCGACGGCGCCGCCGCCAUCGACGACCUCCUCAGAUCCUGCCCGGAGAUGUUCCCGCUCUGCUAGCCCAACACUGGACUCACCAUGGCAGCACAAAGCAUCAACGAGGCGAAAACAAUCAUCCCUUUUUGCUUUUGGUGUUUCACCAGGUUAGUAGUUUGCUAGUGAGAUGGAACUGAAAUCAGAUCAGAGGUGGUGAGCCAUGGAAUUCACUGUCACCGUACUGUGUUGGGGGUAAGCAACUGAGCACUGCACCUAAUUAACUAAGCUAGCUGCUGAGAUUAAGGUUAAUGAACCACUACUAAUUACCAUAUGUAACUCUGAGGUCUGCUCUGGUCACUCUUCUCAUGUACUGUGCCACUCCACUAUGUAAGAAUCAGAGCAGUAACCCUACUAGUAUUUCUCCUUCAAACAAAGGAAGUGCAAUAUAUAUUUUUACAGUUUACUCUA